AUGAGGGCGGAGGCGGCUGCCGGGAAGGCGAAGCAGCUGGAGACGGCGUCAAGUCCAACACAGUUCGUGGUGGUGGCGGAGUCGACCUCGAGGUCGGAGAAGGGAGAGACGAGGAAGCAGCAGCAGCACCCGAGGAUGGCAAGUAACAAUACAAAUGAAUCUACUCCUGAAGAAGUUAAUGUGCAAGUUACAACUACAACUCCAUCAAUUUCUUCAAGUCAACCAAUUGAAAGUAACAAUUCUGAAGAAGUCAAUAGGGUUGAGAAUGAUUCAAUCUUAACAAAAAAGCGGAAAAAAACAUCUCAAGUAUGGAAGGAUUUUGAUGAAAUUGUACUUGCUAAUGGUACAAAGAAAGCAGUGUGUUUGUAUUGUAAGGAAAAAUACUCUACUGGUGGAAAGGGUGGAAGCACUAGCCAUCUUAAGAGGCACUCAGAGAUUUGCUUGCAGCGCAAGUUGCAUAUCUCUCGAGAAAAUAAGCAAACAACGAUACAAUUUUGUCCGCCUAGUGAAUCUGGUGAUGCAAGGCUAAAGUCAUUCCAUGAAGUUGUUGAAUUAAAAGGAUUGAAAGAAAGGAAACUUAUUCUUGAUUGUCCAACAAGAUGGAACUCCACAUUCUUGAUGUUGUCUACUGCAAGUAAAUUUAAACAUGCAUUUUCAGAUUACAAUGAAAAAGAGCCACAUUAUAAGUAUGCACCAUCAUUUGAGGAUUGGGACAAGAUUGAGAAGGUUUGUAAACUUUUGGAGGUUUUUAAUGAUGCCACUCAUGUCAUCUCAGUCAAGAUGCUUCUUCUACUAGUGGACAUAGUGAAGUCAAUGUUGAAAGCAACACUUUGGUUGAUGGUGGACAACAAAUGGAUAAAGGGAUGCAAGAAAUAUUGAGUAUGGUUUACCAAAGUCAAUCAAUUCCUCUUACGAAAUCAGAGUUGGAGACUUAUCUUGAGGAAAAUCUUUUUAUUCCUUCUUCUACUUCAUCCUUUUGUGCCUUGGCGUGGUGGAAAAA